CUAUUUUGCAGUUGGUGCAGUGCACAGUCCUACAGUGAAGACAGGAGUGAUGACGUUGUCACGAGCAUAGUCGAUGGGUGCCAGCAUUUUGGAGUGGCCAGAAGUCGCCAUUAAAUCACCAGGAAAACCCAAGGACUUCACAAAGUCUAUUGUCCAGACACCAAGAUGAGAGGAGACUUUCUGCUAGAAACAAGGCAAUCGUAGACCAAUUCAUGCCUUUAAACCAAGUGGAAUUAUUUACUCUCAAUGAGAGGACAGGAGAGUUCAGAGACCGUUUACCGACAACAGACGAGAAAGUUCAGAGCUGAAAAUCACAAGCAUCAGAAGGACUUGUCUUCAAAUGGACAACUGGUUUUCCACAGAAAUAGACGACAGUUGGAGCGACGGGGUCCAACCCAUCUGAGCCACCCCAACAUGCCCGGGGCCGUCACAGUCAGAGGGUUCCCUCAAGCCAUCAGUCAGGCCGACAGAUCCCGGCGACACUUGGUUCAGGUCGCGAAUAAGAAGAAGAGCAAGCGCAAAUCACGCAUCGGCUCCUUCUCUCUCCUUAGCAACAACAAAUCCAACCCCCUACAGGUGAUCAGAGCGAGGAGACAGGUGAAACCUGAAGCCCCUAAAAGGGGGAAGUCAUCAGGGCGAUCUGGGGCUUACUCUGUUCUGGGGGACCCUGAGACUAACGGACAGAACAACGGCCCAGAAAGAAGCGCAUAAUAACAAAAGAGUCAAUAUUCAGAGGAGAAAUAAAGGGAGACUCGAAAAGCAGUUGGAUCACGCACCAUCAGAGUGACUUUUAUUUUUUACAAUUAAACGGCCAUAUGCUAUUUAUAUACCAUUUAAGGUCAAGAGUAUCAGUAGCGUGCGCUGAAACACAACAUGGUUAUUUCUAUAAACAAAGCAGCAGCGGGGUUAUUACAGGACGAAAUCUCAACCCACACAUAUGGGCCUCCUGAUAUAGGGGGAAAUAUUCAUGACAGAGUUUAGGUUAUGAUGUGUCUCCUGUCUUUAAGUAAGGCUUGUAUAAAUACUGUUCACCAGAGCUGGCUGUUUCAUGAGGGCAUUUUAUAUAUCUACACAGCUGAUAUUUUAGGUUGCACCACAAGGGUGAAAAGGCUUUUUGAUACGUUAUAUAUAUCCUUUUAGAGACCUUGUUUUGCCCUUUGUGUCUACUUCAAUCUCCACCUUAAUUUCCUAAUAUAUAUAUCUGCAUGUUAUAUCAACAACUUUAGCGGAUGUUUUUCUUUUAUCAGAUCACCUAUGAAGAUUUCUUGUAUAUUUUUGCUGUCAUGUUCUAAUAAAGAUGUUGUCUGAA